GUCGUACCUCGUCCACAUGAAGUGAACAAGGAAAUCAGUGAUUUGAGGACCAUAAUUAUUGAGCACAGGACUGGAAAUCAAGCCAAGGCUGGAUUACCAUUUCCCAAUACUACGUCCUGUCUUGUUUUUCAUGGCGUACUAUCCAGGAGUGUGGUUCCCUCGAGCAGGACCACCUCGGUGUCCCGGCCCUCCUCUCUGGCUGUGCCCAGCUCCUCGGAGAGCCAGUUCUGGUCUCCGGGCUCAGAGGAGUGCUGCAGCCCACCCUGCUCCGAGCGUUAAUGGUACAUGCCAUUAGAAAGCCCAUCUCUGGAAGGGAGGAGGGGAGGGUGGUCUCAAUCUCUGCUAAGAGGCUAGUCUAGUCCCCCAACAUAAGCACAUUCACAGAUGUCUCUGCACACGUAGUGCCGUGUCACCCGUCACGACAGAGACGCCUGCUUCUGUGUGAGCCAACGAGCCGCGGACAGAGAGACACAAAGAGUGGAUAAAGGAGGGAGGCAGAGCAAGAGAAAGAAGAGGUGAAGAGCCACGGAGCAAAAACACACAGCUACAUCGCUGCCACUCUGACGUCUCCCCCCCUCAUGCGCCUGGUUCAGCUUGUGUGAGAGAGAGAGAGAGAGAGAGAGAGAGAGAGAGAGAGAGAGAGACGGGAGGAAAAUAAAUCCUGGGAGCUUGUGUCCUCUCUUUGCUUUUCUUUUUUUUUCAUCUCCAUCAUCCAAGGCAUGAAGGCGGGUGUCAGCUGGCACGGCAGAAUAAAAGAAAGGGAUGCUUUGACUGCUGCCUCUCUUUCGACAAGGGACAAGGAAGAGGAAGGGGGGGACAACACACAGCAGGGACAAAAACAGGAUUUCUAGAAUGAAUGGGAGUCCUUCUGCCGCAUGCGCUGGGAAUAGCAGUCACACGCUGAAGUCUCUGAAUGAGGGGCCAGCCCUGAGGACGUGAAACUGUUGGGAGAGUUUGGAUGUCACCGGUGACACAGCUUCGCACUGCAUUUGACCACCUUCAACCGCACACAUCUCUGCUCUCCGGGCGGCGGCACCAAUUAAGGCGGGCUUGAGACGAAGAGUUGUGACAGUAUCCGACGACACAAGGAGGACAGCAAUACACUGGAGGAGGGGCCUGUGGUUGCUGCAGACGGGCAGAGGACUGCUUGUCUGGACUCAGUGUUGCCCGUCUGCGUGAGAAGACACGGCAGAGGAAGAGGAAGAGGAAAUGGUCGCUGAAGUGUCAUGGAGGACGUCACCACUACGUAGCUCGUCCAGUAUGCGGUGUGGCCUUCCCAGCUGCGCAUCACCAGUGGUGCCAUGAUCCAGUUAUAACUGUGGGUAAUGCCGAGCCAAAUAACCAAUCCUGGAGAUGCCGAAGAGAAGAGAUAUUCUUGCCAUCGUGUUGAUCGUGUUACCCUGGACUCUGCUCAUCACUGUUUGGCACCAAAGCGCUAUAGCUCCACUCCUCGCCAUCCGCAAGGCUUGUCACCACCUAGUAAAAGAGAUCUUUAUCAUUCCAGAGAGGCUUGCAGUCCGCCACCACCGGCUCUCAGAUGAUGGUGUCGAGGGCAAGAGGGAGGCUGGUGGCCAGGCACAAGACUCCAAGGAAUACUGUGCCUCAGAUAAGGACAUUGUGGAGGUGGUGAGGACAGAGUAUGUGUAUACGCGGCCUCCACCCUGGUCCGAUGUGCUGCCUACCAUCCAUAUCAUCACCCCCACAUAUAGUCGACCGGUGCAGAAGGCAGAGCUGACACGGCUGGGAAACACCUUCCUCCAUGUUCCCAACCUGCACUGGAUCCUGGUGGAGGACUCUCAAAGGAGAACGCCUCUUGUCACGCGACUCCUCCGAGAAAUGGGACUUAACUACACCCACCUCAAUGUAGAGACGCCCAGGAACUAUAAGCUGCGGGGUGACACUCGGGACCCCAGAAUCCCCAGGGGGACAAUGCAGAGGAACCUGGCACUGCGGUGGCUGAGGGAGACCUUCAACGCCAACAGCAGCCAAGCUGGAAUCGUCUACUUUGCAGACGACGACAACACAUACAGCCUGGAGCUGUUUGAGGAGAUGAGAUCCACUCGGAAAGUGUCAGUGUGGCCGGUGGCCUUUGUGGGCGGCUUGCGGUACGAGUCCCCCAAGGUCAACGCAGCUGGAAAGGUCUACGGCUGGAAGACGGUGUUCGACCCCCAUCGGCCCUUCGCCAUCGACAUGGCUGGCUUUGCCAUCAACCUGAGGCUCAUCCUCUUCAAGCCGCAGGCGUAUUUUAAGCUUCGCGGGGUGAAGGGUGGCUACCAGGAGAGUAGUUUGCUUCGGGAACUUGUCACACUCAACGACCUGGAGCCUAAAGCAGCCAAUUGCACUAAGAUACUCGUUUGGCACACGAGAACGGAGAAACCUGUCCUUGUAAACGAGGGGAAAAAAGGAUUCACAGACCCCAAUGUGGAGAUUUGAACGUUUCUCCUCAAACCACGGUGGUCGGCCUUGGACCUGCAGAGGAAGGAAACGGCUGAGUCUCUUGAUAAGUGCAACUAGCACUCAUGUCUUAAUCAUCAGAAUAAAAAGGAAAUGGGGGCCUUUGAAGGGGGAUUUAAUCCUCUUGACUGAAUCUGACAUUUUUAAAAUAUGGAGUAAAACAGUACAAAUGUACCAUAUUAAAGCACAGAUUAGUAAGAGGCAGCAGUUAUUUGUCAGGUCUUCGACUGAAGAGCAGAGGAGACGACAUAAAGGACGCCUCACAGGGUCGGCGUGGAUAGACGUGACCUGCACCUUCACGGUACAACGGCCCGCUGAGGACAACCUAACAAAAGAGACAGCACAAUAUGACAGCCAGCGGAGUCAAACCAAACAAGCAGGUUAAAGAAUAUCCUUCACCUCAAAAAAACUAAAGGAAAUAAAACACAUUGUCUGGAUCUGCACAUGGUUCAAGAGGGAUUUAAGGACACGGCCUACAUCAUCAGCCCGGAUAAAAACACGACUCCAAGGACAAUUAUGUCUUGUGUGGAUUUUCCUUUGAGCAAACACAAACAUAGCAAGUGAAGGAAUGUUCUUUUGAUAAAAUGUUUGCUUUAAUUUUAUUUAAUCGGUCCAGGUGUUUCACAAGCACUUGACUUGCUAGUUCAAUACUACUGACUCUUACCUGCAUUUACUCCUGGGUUAUCAUUGCUCAUUUUACGGUGUCAUUAUAAAUCAUGCAUUUAAGCCACCCCCGUACACUUGGAAGAGAGACUGCUGUUUGAGAUGAACCCCUUGUUGUGCUUGGGAGCUGAAACGUACAUCAAAAAUCCUGACACGUCUUAGCACUUAAAAAAUACACAAAUGAUGUUCCUUUGUGUCCUUUUGUGUAAAUAAUGAUUCAACAUGAGAACAAUCAGAGGAUUGAUGACAAAUUUUGACAAAAGCAUUGUAAUUAUUGUAUUUAUAUGUAAAAAAAACAAAACAAAGUCUCUUCUCUUUUCCCCCCCUGGUGAAUCCCUCAUGACGACACACAACAAGGCACAGGUUCACUGUAAGUUCAACACAUGGAAAGAGUAAUAGCACAUUUUCAUUUGGUAAUAGAAACUCCAGUUUGUGACACAUUCAUAAUGCAUAGACAAGACCUUCAAAUCAGCUACACAGUAGACUCACGAAUGCUGACCUAAUUGCCAUGUAAGCUUUCAUAUAAAGUGUCAUUUCUGACAUUGCGGGGGAAAAAUGUGUCAUUUUAGAGAGCUAAUAUUUCCCUUUGUCUAUGCACGCUCUUAUGUCCACGAGCCACCAGUUAACAAGGGUCCGCUGUGUGCAGGAUGAAACGGCAUCAAAGCCUGAGAAUUUGAUUUUUACUAGGCUUGUCAGUCCCUCUCCUCUCUAGAAAAUACACUUUACUGUGAUGUGAAGGAGACAGAAUCCCCCUAAAAUAUAAAUUUAGAUCCUCAGGCUGCAUCUGCUGACUUUUAAUACAGCUCACCUUCGAACAGCUGGUGCAAGUUACGAAGGAUAGAUUAAAAUAAUUUAUGCAUGGCCCCAAA